UUCAGGCCACAGCAAAAUUCAAGAUCAUGAUCUCUUUAUUUCCCAUAACUGAUAGGUAGUUGAGGAUUAGCUAUUAACCAAAGUCGACUAUUCUGAAUGAUCUAUCCUUACCCCACAAUGGAGUUUGGCAGGAAACUCAUUUACUGAGCCAUCAUAAUAAAGAACCCUGGAUUAUUUAGGAUUACAGGAAGUACUUUUUAUUCCACAUUAGUUGAGCUCUCGUCUCCCUCUUGAUUCUUGUUAACUUCGCAAUAGUCAGAGACCUUGAAAGGUGAUGCCUGGUCUUAUUCCCUAACUAAUUCCCACUUGGGGCAAUGGCAAUCUUGAUAUCCUUCUGGAGGCUAAUUUGCUCCGCCCUUUCUCAGGCUGACACCCCCAAGACUCCAGAGCAUUCUCAGAAAGCUGGGCCCCAGAGGCUACUUGAGGCUCCCCUCUCCUCCGCUUUGUAUUGAACGUGACAGAAGGGGCUGCACCCCUAGAGAACCUCUGGCCGCCCUUUCCCCAGGUCGUCCAGCAGAAGCAUCAGCUGCUCAUUGGCAUUCCCCCUCCCUUGGCAGUAUAUCCGGACAGUCCGGGGAAAGCUGACGUAGCCGAUCCCGUUCUCGGGGAGGAGAGCACUCGGAGCGCGUGCCCUUUUUCCGACUGGAUUCCUAGUUUCAUUUACGGUUUAAUUAAUUAACCUAAUUUCCUGGUUCCAAGUCCUACCGAACCAUAACCUAACCUCCCGGGCUGGGUCGUAUCACCUGAUAGGCUAUAAAGUUCGUGGUUCACUACAUCGCCGCCGGACCCACUUGGAGGGACUCUCCCCCGCCUGGCGCCCGCCUUCAAGGCUUGCUCUAGUUGGAGAUUUCGAAGGAGAAAGAGGAGUGAGACACGGAGCAGGGCUCCGCGGCGCCUCCAGCCUCCGCCCCGGGACGUCCCUCCCCCUGAGCGAAGCAACCGCAGAGCAAACCAGGAAGGGCGGGGUUCGCCGCUUGCCGGCUCGGCCUUUCAGUCUGGUGGCAACCCAGGCGGGGGAACGAGCGAGCGAGGGGCUGGGGAGCGGCCGCCAGCAGCGACUAUCGGCAUGUUCAGCUGGCUGAAGCAGAGCGGGCGCCAAAGGCCCGGCGAGGGCGAGGACGUGGUGGAGACGGUGACUGGCGGCUUGAAGGAGCUUUACUCGAAGAAGCUGCUGCCGUUGGAGGAGCAUUACCGUUUUCAUGAGUUCCACUCACCCGCCCUGGAGGACGCUGACUUCGACAACAAGCCCAUGGUGCUCCUCGUGGGUCAGUACAGCACCGGGAAGACCACUUUCAUCAGGUACCUCUUAGAGCAAGACUUUCCAGGAAUGCGAAUUGGCCCUGAACCAACUACAGAUUCUUUUAUUGCUGUCAUGUAUGGAGACACUGAAGGGAGUACUCCAGGAAACGCUCUUGUUGUGGAUCCCAAGAAACCAUUCCGCAAACUCAGUCGUUUUGGAAAUGCAUUCUUGAAUAGGUUCAUGUGUGCUCAGUUACCCAAUCAGGUUCUGAAGAGCAUCAGCAUUAUAGAUAGCCCUGGCAUUCUUUCAGGAGAGAAACAGCGCAUCAGUAGAGGUUACGACUUCUGUCAUGUCCUGCAGUGGUUUGCUGAGAGGGUUGAUCGUAUCAUCCUUUUAUUUGAUGCACAUAAACUUGAUAUUUCUGAUGAAUUCUCAGAAGCAAUCAAGGCAUUUCGGGGUCAGGAUGACAAGAUACGGGUGGUGUUGAAUAAGGCUGACCAAGUGGACACCCAGCAGUUAAUGAGAGUAUAUGGUGCACUCAUGUGGUCCUUGGGCAAAGUUAUUAAUACCCCAGAGGUAUUGCGAGUUUAUAUUGGUUCUUUUUGGGCCCAGCCCCUGCAAAACACAGAGAACCGAAAAUUGUUUGAGGCAGAGGCACAAGAUCUGUUCCAAGACAUUCAGAAUCUUCCACAAAAGGCAACAGUGAGAAAACUGAAUGACCUAAUCAAGAGGUCACGGCUUGCAAAGGUGCAUGCUUAUAUAAUCAGCCAUCUGAAGAAGGAAAUGCCUUCAGUAUUUGGAAAAGAAAACAAAAAGAGGGAACUGAUCAACAAACUACCUGAGAUUUAUCGCCAGCUGCAGCAAGAGUAUCAAAUUUCACCAGGAGAUUUCCCUGAAGUCAAGAAAAUGCAG